AAUAAAAUCCUGUUUACCUUAUUCCUCGCAGGCUGCUGUGUGUGUCUUCGUUCCUCCUACAAAUUGCUCUGAGGACUUGACGGCAGCAGCAGCAGACAGAGAGCCAUUUACCCAAAGCAUGGUGAGUGUUGCUGCAGGAGUGGCAUCUAUUUAUAGUGACAGACAGACAGCACAUGUGCCUCUGACCAGAGAGCUGCACUACUUUAACUUUCUGCUGGUCUCUACUGCAACACUUCACCACGUGAGAAAAACCUGUGCUUCGUCUCCAGCGGGCUGAUAAAAGCUCUUAUCACAGCUUCUCUGCAACAGUGGCAGAACUUUGACCUGGUGAGAAGACCUUCCUCCCUACUCCUCCUCUUCCUCCUUGUCCAACGUAACCAAUCAGGAAACAGCUCUGUGCUUCUCUGUCUGUGGAGAUAUAAGGAGAGGGUGAGAAGAGCUGCGCUGAAAGGUUUCCCAUCAUGCAGCGGGCCUGGGCCGUGUUCAAGGCCCACCCGUACAUCAGUAACGUCCUGGGCUACACGGCGCUGUUCGCCUCCGCUGACCUCAUCCAGCAGAGCGUGCUGGGCGGGUCCUCGUCAGAGGAGUCCGCCGGCAUCGACUGGCGGCAGACGGCUCGAGUGGCGACUGUCGGCUUCUGCUUCCAUGCAAACUUCAACUACCACUGGCUGCGGGGCCUGGAGCGGCUGCUGCCGGGGGGCGGGCUGAGGGCGGUGACGGGGAAGGUGGUGGUGGAUCAGCUGGUCGCUGCUCCUCUCACCAUCAGCGCCUUUUAUAUUGGUUUAAGUUUACUAGAAAGGAAAGACGACCCGCUUGAAGACUGGAGGCAGAAAUUCUUGACAUCUUAUAAGGCUGGAGUGGUAUAUUGGUCAACAAUGCAGGCGGUGAACUUCGCCCUGGUCCCUCCUGUGGCGCGGACCGUGUUUCUGGGAGGCAUCGCUCUGACUUUCACCAUCUUCCUGUGUCACCUGAGGCAGCAGAGCGGACACAAACUCCAAUAAACCUCAGAGAACUGGAGACUUGAGUUUUUGUACUAAAUGACUGUGACAUUACAAAAGGCUUUUUAAGGGCAGAAUUCAGUUGCAGAGUCAUUAGAUUUAGUGAGGAAACAAGAGAAUAAGAUAAAGGUCACAUCUCUGAAUCAGCUGAUCAGAACACAUGGGUUACUGUUCAGCUGUGUGGUUUUUAGUUACAGCUUCCCUGUCCCCUGUAUCCAGAGUACUGUGGCCAAAUGUGAAUUACAGUGAUGCAACACAGUUUAAAUCUGCUGUUACUCAUGUUGGUGUAAUCUUUUCCUCUGAGAAAAAAAAGAAGCCGUUAGAACCUCAUUUAACUGAAUCAGGGUUUCAUGAACUGGAAUAACUUUGUUGAUGUUGCUUCACAUUUUAUAACCAUUAAAACUUAAACUAUC